CUUCACGACUUCACGACCAAACCUUCAGCUCCGGUUUAUUAGUCGUCGCCCUUCCGAUGACAGCAAACUGACGUCAAGACCGCAGAGCCGCUACAAGUCUUAAUUACACUCCAAAUAUUGUGAUUUUACGAAAAAGUGCGCGUCCCGACUCUCGGAAUAUCCGUGUUUGCUCUAGUGGGACGACAGCCGUGUUAAACCUGGGAUUGAGAGGGUUUCCAUCACUCCCACUGUGUCCUCUCUGCUGAAGCAUGGCUGAUCUGCUGAGGCUGCUGCUCCGGGUGGCUGAGAAAGCUGCAAACGUGGCUCGGGUCUGCAGGCAGGAAGCUCCUCUGUUUGAGCUGCUUGUGCAGGAGAAGACUGGAGACGACAAGAACAAGAAGUUUGUGCAGGAUUUCAAGACGCUUGCCGAUGUGGUGAUUCAGGAGAUGAUCCGGCAUGAUGUGGGCGCUCAGUUCCCUGAAAUGGCUGAUUUCAUUCAGGGGGAGGAAUCUAAUAAGUUUGAAAAUGGACUUGGAGAGAGUGUAACCGUCACGGUCUGCAGCACGGUGGAGGAGACGGCAACGCUGCUGGCCACGGUGUUAGACGGUGACCACACAGCGGCGUCUCUGCUGGCUCGAGCCAUCCACCAAGACCCAGAGACCAUCGAGUUGAGCACAGACGGCCUGACAAUCCCCGUCAGUCCCGCUGAGCUCGGCAUCUGGAUUGACCCCAUAGAUGCCACGAGCCAGUACAUAGAAGGUCGCGAGGAGGCGCUCACGGAGGGCCACUUGUCUCCCUCAGGUCUGCACUGUGCACUGGUCCUGAUCGGGGUGUACCUCCGGAGCACAGGCGAGCCUGUCAUGGGUGUUAUCAACCAGCCGUUUAACCACAAAAGUCCUACAGGAGGAGGCUGGAGUGGGAAGCAUUACUGGGGCGUUUCCCUCGGCAACAUCAAUGUCUGUUCAGCGCCACGACCUAAAGAUGGACAGGGGCUGUCUGUGGUGCUGAGCUCCAGUGAGAAGCCGGUGGUGAAGGAAGCCCUGACCUCGCUGUGCGGCCCCGACAAGCUGAUGUACGCCUCGGGAGCCGGCUACAAGAUCCUGUGUGUCAUCCAGGGAUUGGCUGAUGCUUACGUCCUCUCGGAGCGGAGCACAUUCAAGUGGGACUCCUGCGCUCCUCAUGCCUUGCUCCGAGCCCUCGGAGGGGGAGUGGUGGACUUGAGCAAGAGUCUGCAGUCCAGUUGUGGUGGAUGCGACUGCAAGACAGAACUGACGUACCACCAGCCGUACGCUGAGUGCAAGGGAGCAGAGCGCUGGGCUAACCGUGGAGGCCUGGUGGCCUAUAAAAACUCCUCCCAGCUCCACAGCAUCACUGAGGCUCUGAAAGGCAAGCUGUAGGUGAAAGACAUGUCAUGUUGCAUUUUUGAUCAUAUUCAUAUUUUCUAUAUUACUCCAUUGAUAUGGGUGAGAUUAGCAGUGAAAUAUUUUAGGAAUAAAUGCUACUGACUUAUUUUUAACCAAAUGUUCAUGGAAGUAUGUGUACCCAUUAUAAAGUGAAUGUGGUCUGGGCCAAAUAAUACUUCUAUUAAGCUUAAAAAAAACCCCAAAACUUUUGAAACAGUAAACAAACAGGAAUGGUGUGAUAAUCAGAAGCAUUUCAGUAUUCAGGUUUUAAGAAUUUAUCCAAAAAAGUGAAAACCAUUUAAAGGACGACGUUUGAUUUGAUUUUGAAGAUUUAAAGGGGACCUAUUAUGGCAUCUAAUACCUAUUUUAAACAGGCCUUGAAUGUCUUAAAAACAAGCUUUUGAUUGUUUUUGCUAAAUAAAUAAGAAAUUCAGCCUCUGAGCCAUGUCUUUAUCUUCCCAUUCUCUAACCUCAUUAUCUAUGCUGGAUUCUGAGUGGGCGGGGAGGCUAUGAUAAUGAGGCUCUGUGCUGAUUGGCUGCCUGAAUGACGCGAUACACCGCUACGAAAAAAUGGCGGAAGCUCCGGCAGGUGGAGUUAGUUGUGGGCGUGGUUUCACACAUCGGAGGCCAACCUAUGUAAAUUGCAUUUUCGUGACGUCACGACAGGAGCAGAAUCUGAACGGCUCGUAGAAGCCACAUCACACUGGAUGGCUCAUCCGGGCGGCUGUACAGACACUGCAGAAUUUGGUUGCUUUCCUCCUUCUCUGAGUUGGCAGGCUGAGGGGAGACCACUUUAUAUAUGUUGAAGCUAGAAAAAACGUGUUUUUCAUAAUAGGUCCCCUUUAAAUAGAUCAACAUGAACAACAACAAAACCUGUUUUGCACUACAAUUACUUUUAAACAUACUUAGAAUCUUAUAUUUGUUGUUUCAAAAACCAUUUAAGAGAAUAAAAAAGCAGUUCAGGUUUCAAAUAGCCAUAAAAGGAAAAGUAUUUACUUAUAAUAUUGUGGGUAGUUUCCAUAUCAGUUCGAUGUUGGUUUCCUCUUUGCGUGUGCGACAAAGUAAGCAUUAUUUUGUAAAGUUUUAAGCGUUGCUAUCCAUGUGAUGAGUGUUGCUGAGAUUGUUUAAAAGCCCCCCCUGCGUUAAGUACAGAAAUGUUACAAGCGAGCUAGAUCGCUCACUGCUGGACAGAUGAGGAACAUUUUACUGCUUGAGGAAAUGUAAUCAGCUAUCACGAGUGCUUCUGACUGACCCACAUCUCAUUUGUUUUAAAUGAUUGAAGUUAAUUUGAUUCAGCAAUUUUUGGGCUAAUUAUAGCAUGUAAAUGGAAAUAAGUAAAUCCAAACGGUCUCGCUGUAAUGCAGCCUUAUAAGGAGCAGAGCAAAACACAAGCGCUGCCCUCUUUUCAUAGCCAUAAAAGAGUAGGGUAAAGGUCAGCGAGUGGAAAAGAAAUGAGCUGAAAUGCUCACUGUAGGUUUACACUUCAAUAAAAUAUUAGGCCAGGUUGAAGGAUGGGACCUCCUUAGACGGCAG